AUGAUUAUGGAACCUAACCCGACAUCGGAUCACAUUCUUGACUGGCUUGAAGGUUCGGUUUCGUUCUUUCCGUCAUUCUUGGAUGAUCCCUAUAACAGCGGUUACAUCCAAGAGUAUCCGUUAUGGGAUCAGAAUCAAGAUAUAAGGAGCCAGUAUCAAACUGAUGUGAUUAUUGAUUCUCCUAAUGCCACAAACAGUGCGACCAACAUUGUUGCUGCUAGUACUACCACGAGCGUGACAUCCCUUGAGCCGAUUAGUUCGAACAACGUACCAUUUUCUGAUUUACCGAAGAAACGAAAUGUUGAUGAUGAGUCGAGGCUCGAGAAACAAUCACAAAACCAGAAGAACAAGAGAGUCAAGAGGCGUGUGAUGAAUGAAGGUGAUAAUGGAGAUGCAGGUCUUGAAGGGACAGUGGUUAGAAAAUCUGUUGGGAAUAAGAAAGGUGCUGGUAAGGCUAAUGGAAGUAACUGCAACAAUGGAAACAAUAAGGAUGGUAGAUGGGCUGAGCAGUUGUUGAACCCUUGUGCUGCAGCGAUAACCGGGGGAAACCUGAAUCGCGUGCAACACCUUUUAUAUGUUCUCCAUGAGCUAGCCUCAACUACCGGUGAUGCCAACCAUCGGCUUGCAGCGCAUGGUCUCCGAGCGUUGACACACCAUCUGUCUUCGUCUUCGUCGUCUACCUCCCCAGGGACUAUAACUUUUGCAUCUACAGAACCGCGAUUCUUCCAAAAGUCAUUAUUGAAGUUCUAUGAGGUUAGUCCUUGGUUUUCCUUUCCUAAUAACAUAGCAAAUGCUUCCAUCCUUCAAGUUCUAGCUGAAGAGCCGAAUGAUUCGCGCACCCUUCACAUCCUUGACAUUGGAGUCUCUCAUGGUGUGCAAUGGCCAACUUUUCUAGAGGCCUUGAGUCGUCGACCCGGUGGACCUCCUCUGGUUCGCCUCACCGUGGUUACUGCUUCAUCGACUGAAAAUGACCAAAACAUGGAGACACCAUUUUCAAUAGGUCCAUGUGGUGACAACUUCUCUUCAAGACUUCUAGGUUAUGCUCAGUCCAUAAAUGUCAACCUGCAGAUAAACAAGCUUGAUAACAUUCCAUUGCAGACAUUAAAUGCGAAAAGUGUUGACACCACCCCCGACGAAACCUUAAUCGUCUGCGCUCAAUUCAGGUUGCACCACUUGAAUCAUAACAAUCCUGAUGAAAGAAGUGAGUUUCUGAAGGUAUUGAGAGACAUGGAGCCUAAAGGGGUGAUAUUAAGUGAGAACAACAUGGAGUGUUGCUGUAGUAGCUGUGGCGAUUUUGCUACUAGAUUCUCUCGAAGAGUGGACUACUUAUGGAAGUUUUUAGAUUCAACCAGUUCAGCAUUCAAAAGUCGCGAGAGUGAUGAAAGGAGAAUGAUGGAAGGCGAAGCUUCAAAAGCAUUGACAAACCAGCGUGAGAUGAACGAAAGGAGAGAAAAAUGGUGUGAAAGAAUGAAAGAGGCAGGGUUUGCAGAGGAAAUGUUCGGAGAAGAUGCAAUUGACGGAGGUCGAGCUUUGUUGAGAAAGUAUGAUAGUAAUUGGGAGAUGAAACUAGAAGAAGAGAACAAUACAAGUGUGGGACUAUGGUGGAAGGGGCAACCUAUUUCUUUCUGUUCUCUGUGGAAAUUGGAUAAACAACAUUGA